ACCGUUGCAUUUUAUAGUCAAUAGUUCUCUGUCUAGGGAAAGAGGAGGGAAAGGCGGUGGUCCGAUUCCGAUCCAUGGCGUUGUUGUCGCCUCGGUCAAUCUCUCUCUUCGCCGGCGGCCGAUCGAAAACCUUCUCCCCGACCGCUCGUUUCAGAGCUUCCUCGGACGUUCCCGUUCCCGAUUUUCUCUCAUCGGAUUGGCUUGAAUCUCGCAGGAAAAGGCCUUUUGGCCCAAGGCUGAAUUUUAGUGCAGAAAAAGCAGUGCAGUGCCAGCUUGAAGCACUAAAAUACAAUGAUCAACCUCGUCAAGACUAUGGGAUAGAAGUCAUGUACAGGUUUGCUGGGUUUGAUCCAUUUGAAAGGUCGACCUACUUUGGCCCAUUCUUUGAUUUAGGGCAGUUUGAGCGCUUCAGGCGAAUAUUUCACCAUUCAACUUACAGGGUUUUGCUCGGUCACAAGGAAAGGAAGAUCUUGAGCAGUUUGUGGGUUAAAGAGGACCGAUUCAAACAGAGAGUUUGGAUACAAGGUUCUCGACCAGAGGAGGAAGAAAUCUUCCAAUUUACCAUGGUUCAGUGACAGGAUGUGAAGUUGAACGCCAUAUGUGGACAUUGAAUUAUUAGAUGACAUCGUACAGCUCAGCUAAGACAUGUAUUGCAACCAGAACUUCACGGCACAGCAACCGUUCAGUUUACUACAGUUUCCUCUUCUGUAGAAAUAGCAUUUUUGGUAUGCUAAUAGAAAUAUCAGCUUCUCUUCAGUAUCGAUAGGAUUACAGGGUAUCACAAAUGCUACAUUUUCUCAUUUAUGGAGAUCUGUUAGAUCAUCUUUAUGUUACUGUUUUGAAUUCAAUAAUUUUGU